AUGCCAGCUUCAGAUUCAUACCUAAGUCAGCUUAGGAGCAAGGGAGGAUGGAAAUCAUCUUCCAAGAGAUGGACUGGGCCUGGGAGUGGGGAUUAUGGGCCCAGCCUGAACCAAAUAAAUGGGCUGAAAAACAUGUGUGGGGAUGAAAAUGGGAGGAGCCUCUUUGUGGUGAAGAAGAGGGUAAUGGUGAUUGUGGAUCAGUCUUCACACUCCAAGCAUGCAAUGGUUUGGGCCCUAACUCAUGUGGCCAAUAUGGGUGAUAUUCUCACUCUACUCCACAUUGUUUCUCCCUCUGAAUGUCACAAAGGCCCACAUGAUUUUUCACCUCAAUCUCUUGCUACUUCAUUGGGCUCACUCUGUAAAGCCUGUAAACCUGAGGUUGAAGUUGAAGCAUUAGUCAUUCAAGGACCAAAAAUGGCUACAGUUAUGAGCCAAGUGAAGAAACUGGAGGUCUCAGUGUUGGUCUUAGGUCAAAAGAAAGUCUCUCCAAUUCUCAGUUGCCUGUUUGUGAGGAGCAGCACAGAUGAGUUUGUUGAAGAAUGCAUCAACAGUUUGGAGUGUUUAACAAUUGGAGUUAGAAAGCAGAGCAAUGGAGUUAGUGGUUACCUCAUCACCACAAAAUGGCACAAGAACUUUUGGCUCCUUGCUUAG